GCUAGGUUUCAUUUGGGGAGUGAAGGAGGCCCCUGGAGGCCCCUGAGCCUGGCGGCCCCUGAGCCUGACUUUCUCUGAGGCCGGGAGAGCAGACGGCUUGGCUGUCACGUUAUCGUCGUAAUUAUCAGCAUCCCGCGAAUUGUGAGCGGGAACUGGUUCCAGAGCCCCUCGGCUCUGCCGUGCGCCAGAAUCACUGGAUGGCUUUUAAAUGCCCGGGCCUCCAUGCCAGGCCAGUUAAAUUCGAAUUUCCAGAAGUGGGGCCCCGGCAUCGGUAUUUUUAUGAAAGCUCCCCAUUGUGAUUCUGAUGUGCCAGGUAACACCAUGUCAAGACCACUAGCCCAGGUGUCGGUCCUGUCGUGGUGUGUUGCGUGACGAUCAGGCACCGUCCUGGGGAGAGAGCAGCCUCUGAGGAGCCGCUCUGCGAACCACAAAAUAGCUACGAAUAUCACAGCCCUGGACUGACCAGACGUCUGCACUGUGCUUGUUCUUCCCCAGUUUCGGCGCUCGUUUGGACCUUCACAAUCAGAGAUGGCAGCAGAGCCGGCAACAGCGCAAGCUCUGGAGUCUUGGUCCUCUCACCCGGUCUACGCAAGAUACUGGCAACAUUACCAUCAAGCGAUGGCGUGGAUGCGCAGCCAUCAGAAUGCCUACAGGAAGGCCGUGAAAUCUUUCAGCACCUCCCCGUGGUACUUUUCUGCCAUGGGCCCUCCCCAGAGCGCUUAUGCCAACAAGGGCAGAAGCCCUCAGUCCUGCUACAAGCGCCCCCCAGCCUCCCGGGACUCCCACCGCCGUCAUUCACGCGCUGGCGGGCGUGGACCACAUCCACGCGGCAGAGAACAGCCAGCUUGGUCCGCAGAGGAGGAGAAGGAGAAAGAGAGCGAGUCCGACGAUGGCGGCAUAGAAUGCGACGUGAGCAACAUGGAGAUCACGGAGGAGCUACGCCAGUACUUCGCCCAGACCGAGAGGCACCAGGAGGAGCGCCGGCGACAGCAGCAGCUGGACGCGGCGCGCCUGGAAGACUACGUGAACGCGGAUCACGACCUGUACCGCGACAGGCGCCGCCGCUCCGCGCUGCCCCCGGCUGAGCGGCCCGGCGAGCGGCGCCGAGCCGAGAUGCGGCACCUGUACGGGUCCAGCGCCGCCAAGAUCCAGGCCAUGGAGGCGGCCGUGCAGCUCAGCUUCGACAAGCACUGCGACCGCAAGCAGCCGAAGUACUGGCCAGUCAUCCCGCUCAAGUUCUGAGCCGCGCCCCUUCCUCUCGCGCUCCCCCUCUCCCCCGUCCCCCUGUCC